GAGUUUUCUGAAUUCAGGGAUAAAGAGGCAGCUCUUGGAUAUACGCUCUGUAUGCUGCAUAAGGGCUGUACGUGAACACUUCAGGCAAGUUGCAUCAGACAAAUGCACAUCACCAAAGAACAGAAAUAGGAAGUUCUUUCCUGCGCUCACUUCUGCUUUCCAUCUGGCUUGGACACUAGGCAGUAUGAACUGUUAACCAAAACACUGGUUAACAAUUUGCAAGUUUGGAAGUAAGGUGUGGAGAAUCGGAAUUUAUGAAGGCCCUGUUCCGUGGCUGAACAUACUUGCACAGGGAAUCUUUUGUUUCUACCAGUCUAAUAUCAUAAAUGGCUACCGAUGGCAGUGCUCUUGUUACCUUGCGUCAGAAGCCCAAGAAGAAAGCUCAAGGUCUUUUCAGGAUGAGUCGGAGGAGGAUAUCGUGUAAAGAUCUGGGACAUGCUGACUGUCAAGGGUGGCUGUACAAGAAAAAGGAAAAGGGAACUUUCCUAAGCAACAAAUGGAAAAAGUUCUGGGUGGUGCUCAAGGGGUCGUCGCUGUACUGGUACAGCAAUCAGAUGGCAGAGAAAGCAGAUGGAUUUGUCAACCUUUCUGAUUUCACUGUGGAAAGAGCAUCAGAAUGCAAGAAAAAGCAUGCAUUGAAGAUCAACCACCCACAGAUCAAGACCUUUUAUUUUGCAGCUGAGAAUCUGCAGGAAAUGAAUGUGUGGUUAAAUAAACUUGGAUUAGCUGUAAUCCAUCAGGAAUCCAUUACAAAGGAUGAAGAGUGUUACAGUGAAAGUGAACAGGAAGAUCCUGAAAUAGCUGUGGAGACACCACCUCCUCCUUACUCUUCCGCGACUUCCUCUCCUGUGGCUGCACAGCGGGCAUCUUCAUCCUCACCCAAACUGAGUGAAACAUCGUGUUCUUUUUCCUCCCUGGAAAGUACAGUGAAGACAUCUGGCAGCUUUUCUUCCUCUGGAUCUAAAGAAAGACAGUCCUGGCUCAACAUAGUUAAUAGUUCACCUGCUGUGGAAGAUGUCGGACACUCCCUGACUUUUGCUGUGCAGGUCCAUUUGCCUGCUCCCUCGGAGGCAAACAGUUGCAAGGCCCCAGAAAACAGCUGUGUCACAGCAGAAAGUGGGCUUUUGAACUCUUUAUCUAGUGAUGACACUUCUUCGUUGAGUAGCAGUCAAGACCAUCUGACUGUUCCGGGCAAACCUUCUGGAUCAAGGAUGACGGAUGGAGAAGAACCAAAAGCAGCUGAAGAUGAAAUGGAGAAGCUUUACAAAUCGUUAGAGCAAGCUAGUCUAUCACCUCUGGGGGACCGAAGACCUUCAACCAAGAAGGAGCUGAGAAAGUCCUUUGUUAAGAGGUGCAAGAAUCCAUCUAUCAACGAGAAACUUCACAAAAUCCGAACCUUGAAUAGCACAUUAAAGUGUAAAGAACAUGAUUUGGCCAUGAUUAACCAGUUGCUGGAUGAUCCAAAACUGACAGCCCGGAAAUACAGAGAAUGGAAGGUCAUGAACACCCUGCUCAUCCAGGACAUCUAUCAGCAGCAGCAUGCCCCACCUGCCCCAGAGGGCAGCCCCCAGGAACUCAAAAAAGACCCUUCUUCUGUCUGCGCUGACAGUUCUAUUUGAGAAAGAGCCGGGACUCUCUCCUCUCAUAUUUUACUGCAAGCAACUCUACAAGAUGAUGCCAAGAGCUUACACUUUUCCUUAUAAGGAAAACUGAAGUUCUUUGAGUAUCAGCUCCCCCAUCUAAAGAUGCAGCUUGGGUGAAAAUCAUAACCAAAUGCAGCAGAACCCUUAGUUCUACCUGUGUCACAGUCCUUAGGAUGGCAAGGAUUGAGUUCCUUUGAGGAUCCAUGAUUUCACGUUCCUCAUGGGAGCUCUGAAUGAUGCACGGCUCCAGGUGGAUAUGAGAAAUCUGUCUUCUGCCCCUUGCUUUCAAGAAAAUUAAAAUAUGCUGUGGACCAUCCAGUUUUACUAGGGAUAUAACUAUGACAUUAUUUCACAGAAGCAUUCCAUUCUCCAGUAGAAGCAUGUAUACAGCCACCUGGUGGGCUGCAGAGUUCCCCUGUGAGUGGAGGGAGCGGCAGCUGGAACAGGUUACCUGUUGAUAUGGCAGAACAAAUAGUGUUUGCCUCUGGUGCAGAAUGGCUGAGUCUAUCACUUAUUGAGAAAUACUUUAUAGAGCGUGGUGGAUGGAAGUACCUGGGGAGGAGGUGAACUCUGUAAUCCACUCAGAAAGAGGGCAACUUGGUAUCUUCACACUCUGCCCUGGUCAGGUGAUCUGACUAACGUUCCUUUAUCUCACAACAACUAGGAAAAAAGUAGCUCAUUAAAGUUAGAGACCUCUGCCCACCCCACUUAGCUUUCCUGAACAAAGGCAAGAGACAGAAAUAAGCCCAGCAAGGAAAGUUUUGUGGCUUUUGACCGUGGCUGCGGUGUCCAUACACAGUAUGAAAUUAUAGCCAGUUUUUCUGGGAUGAAUAUUGACAAGAUGAUUCUGGCUUCUGAAUUGCUUCAGUCUCAUUAUUUGUGGAAGAAAAAACCCAAUGCAAUCAAAGCAACAAAAGAGUUAAAUAAACACGAUUGUUUUAUUUUUGUAUGUCACUUUGUGUGCUAUGUGAAUAGCUAUUCUAUGUUUCUUAUUUAAAUAUAUUUAUAGAAGUUAAAAUUACUAGUGUUUUGAAACAUGAUAUACUAUUAUAUGUUUUGUUCUGUACAUAUAUUCUAGAAGUAUAUACCUAUUUUGCUUGAGAAAAAAUACUAUUGAUUUAUUGGAGUUAUGUUGCACUAUAAUGAAUGAGGAAUGCUCAGGAAAUUUUGUGACAAAAAUAAUGGGGGCAUGUACUGGUAAUUUUUGAUUUUAUGGGGCACCUUUCUCUCUCUCUCUCUCUGCCUCUCUCUUUGUCUUUCUGUCUCUCUCUCUCUCCCUCCAGAGCUCUUAAAUUCCUGUAUCUGUUGUAAGUCAUUCUCAUAAGUUUCACCUUAGGUUAUGUCUUGCAUUAGAUUAACUUUAUGCUUUAUACCAUUAUGCCCCCAAACCCUAGACCAAAUGAAACAUAAGCAAUGUAAUAUUUUGACUAAAGAUUUAAUAGAAAUUUGGGGAUUCUUAAGAGUGUCCAUAGAGAAGCAACUUGAAAGCCUUUACUUGCUAAUCAGAAUGCAGAUUUCUCAUUAUACUUCAAACCAAAACCCACAUGAAUCUGUUUUGAACCUACCUUCUGCUAGUAAAUUGUUGACAUAAAAUUUUAUACCAUCAAAGUGUGGCUUGACAUUCAAAUGGAAAUGACUGCCUGGAUGACAUCUUCAAAUUAGGUGGAAAUAGUUGUUGUCUAUUUCCCCAAGCUUUACUAAGAAGUCAUCAUACUCUGUAAACAAACAAACAGACAAACAAUAUUAAGAAGAAAAGAAAGAAAAACCCAAAAUGAAGAAAAAAAAACAGGAAGCAAAUUGUAAUACUAGAAGUUUGCUGAGUGACUAGGUCAGUCAGUUUGGCCUAGCACACAUUCAGACACUUCUGCACCCGGGGAAGCCUAAAGAAAAUGAACCACUCGGAUUAGAUGAUGCCCUGAAGGUCAAUGUUUUAACCUCUUUGCUCUAGAAAAUAUCACUGAUACUUUCUGCAAUUAACAGCUAUCUGAAUGUUGAUGGUUUGGGAUUCACAGUGUAGAUGGAUUGUUAAGAAAGAUUGUUAAGAUUGUAUGAAAGAAGUCAAGCAUGACACAAGAUGUCCUUCCACUUCUUUGAUAUGGUUUACAGCACCAACCUGUAGACCCCUAAACAGUUUUUCCUGAAUUAAGGAGCUCCACUUCUGAGUAGGGCUUGUGGAUACAUUCAAGUGUUUAACUUUGACUUUUUAUUAAUAUUUGUUGAAAUGAACUUUUAAUGGAAACUCCCUCAUUCAAAUUUAAGGGCAAAAUGAGCUAUGAGAUUACUUGAGUAGGCCUUAAAGUUAUUUUUAAACUCACCGGAGAAAAGUUCACCUGAAAAUUUCUGCUUUGGUGAACAUCUCCAAAAGAAAGUUACGCUGAAUUAUACGACGCUGUAGCCUGGUCUUUUAGACCACACUGCCACUCAGCGUUUUCUCUUUCGUAAAUAAUUGCACUUGGGCUAGGUUCUCAGGAAGCAGGGGCGGCAACUGUGUGUUUCCAGCCUUAGCUAUGGCCGCUAAGAGGUGUGUGGGACACUUUCCAUGACACUCCAAACUCUCAAAAUCCAAACCGUUUUGAGAAAACUGGAUUACUUCCAGCUUACUGCUGAGGACUGGUCACCUCUGAAAUGGACUUUGGGUAGUUCACAGGGUCUAAUGGGAAAUUCCUAUGCCCACUGCUCUAGCCAUAGCAUCCCUGGCUGUGCAAUAACCCAGAACUGUGGCCACCCAGAAAGGAAAUGGAAACCCAGUUAGCCUGCAGACUCAGACUAGAGGCUGAUACAAUGCCUCACUUGUCGGUAAAGUGCAAAUACGCACUGACUCUCACACCCAUCUUGCAUUUGAAGUGAACAUGUUGCUUUUAAGAAUCCCUACUUUUACCCACAAUAAGCUCAAAUCUCAGAAGAGGAUCAAAGUCCUAGAGGGAAUGCUAAGCCUACAAUUACGACGACUGUAGGAGGCCUAAGAGAUGGUGUUUGGAGUCAGCGCGAACCCAUGCCUUCUAUUUGCACAGCACUUUGUAGUUUGCAAAUUGGUGUGGUCUAUUCUUUCCCUCCUCUCUCAUCCCAACCCUACUCCUCUGACUGCCCUGUGAUCUCAGUGAGAUGAUUGCGGAUUACCAGUACAGUGAAGUGCCUGGUCCAGAGCUCUAAGUGGUGGAGCUGGAAUUUGAGCUCCACCUCAGGACUCAGUCCCUCCCGGCCUAGGCUGUUCUUGCAAAAUUUCUGCCGGAGCAGAGCCAGUUAUGGAGUAGAACAUGAUUUGGAUCCUGCUGUCUAUUACACUGGGGCUUACGAUAUGUGAGCUGACCCUUGGUGGGUUUUGCUAAACCAGCCACCUGCGCCCUAAGGGGCUUCUCUGUUGGGACCACUAGUCUGUCUGAAAGUCCAGCUCUCACCUGCUGUUGGGCUGUCUGUGACCAUCUCUUUCUGUAAGUUAGAUGCCUUGUUAGUGCUGUGGGGACCUCAGAUGAAAGAGGGCAUCUUGAAUGGAAUGGAGUGUUUAUUUUGUCUUCUUUCCAAGGUGCAUCAUGUCAGAUGUCAGAGACCCAAUUUAGUGAUUAAGGGUUAGUCCUCUCACUUUCCUGUCUCAAUCUCUUCCCAUAUAAUUAGGAUGAUUUCCUCAAGGAGACUUUAACUCCCAAUGUUGAGGAGAUGAAACAGAUUAAAGGAAAAGUAUCAAUCUUUUGAGGAAAGGUGCUAUAUCAAUUCAAGCCAUAUUGAAAUUUAUGGACACAUACCUCUUUGUAGGAAAGAAAGGCAAUAUUUUGAUAGAGCCACACAUAAUUUAGUAAAUGACCUAAGCACUUACUAUCCAAAUGUCACUUUAUAUUGAAAAGCUGCAUAUCCAAGUAAAGUUUUAGGAUAUGUCUCUUCUUCAGUCUAAUGGAUGUUUUCCCAAUUAUUUCCCUCCCAAUGUUAUUAUAUGUUUUUCUCACAAGAGAAAUCUAAACUUAGCAAGAGGAGGAGACUGCCUGCCUAUGGUUCUGUUAUGAAAAAUUACAAAUAAAAGCCCCUUAAACUAGAUUUUUUACAACCCCCAUGAAACGGGCUGCCUAUCUCAGUGAAUGAGAUGGAGGAACGUGAGCUGGAAGGAACAAUUUCUUUGCCUCUUAGGAACAGCUUUAUUCUUUCUCAUAUGGCCACACUACUACAUCAGAAAUGUUAAAGAUGUUUUACAUUUCUCUUCCUAUGAGGAAACUUAAUCACCUGUAUCGAUAUUCCUUUCCCUCUAGUCCAUGGAGACACCUAUAACACCCUAUAAUAAAUACCCUGUAAUAAACACCCUAUAAUAAAACCCUAUAAUAAAAAGCAGGGGUUUACAUCACAUGUUUUAAUAUCAUUGCAUGAUGGGAUGUGACUUAAUACUGCAUGAUGUUUGGGGCAAGGUGUUAAUGUGGAAAUGAUGUCUUAAAUUCCACUGUGCUUUUAUUCUUUGUCAUCUACCCUGUUACUAUCCUGAAAAAAAAGGCAUGGCUCAUUUCUCCUGCUUUAUGUUUUUGAAGUGGACUUGUAAGAUAAAAAUAAAAACAAAAGAAAAUGUAUCUAGUAAAAUGACAUGGAAAAAUGUGAAA